UUUCUAUAACUGGCAGAUAAUUUUUGAAUACUCAAAAGCUACUACGUAUUCAUUAUUAUUAAAAUCAUAAACCUGCUAGGUGUAGUUCGAGCAAGUAUUUGUAUGGUAGAUGAAAAAGUGGAGAUGAACAACGACGGUGAUAGUUACACCAGCAUGACUGCUAACGACCCCAAAAAUGUACAAGAACUCACACAAUAUGUACAAAGCCUAUUACAAAAUAUCCAAGACAAAUUCCAGAACAUGUCUGAUCAGAUUCUAACCAGGAUCGAUGAAAUGGGGAACAGAAUCGAUGACCUAGAGAAAAACAUUGGAGAUCUGAUGACACAAGCUGGAGUUGAGGGACCAGAAAAAUGAACUGUAUGUUUUUAAUAUCUAGAAAUGAAGUUCAUCACUUUUAUGAGUACUUUUAGUUUACAUGUGAUGUAUAUAAUAAACGUUUUAAUCUUUUUUUUUUUAUUGUGUGGCCUACGAAUGAAUAAAAGUCAGUACUCCUAUCACUCAAUGUCUUCACACUAAUGAGCCCUUAGGUGAAACAUCUAUACAUUCAGCCCUAAAUAAUUUCCUGGCUCAUAUCUGUAAUAAAAAUAUAAAUAUGUUGCUGAUAAAUAAAAUUACAAUAUUUUUUAUAA